CUGUCCACGGUUUGGAGAGAAAUCCUGGCGCCAAUGUGAAGUUGGCAUAAAAACAAACUGUCUAAACGUUAUUGUUGAACUUGUCGGUGAGUCGGGAGAGAGUUAAAGUGAUCUACAGCUCGGUGACUGCUGGAGGAGAAGGCUUAAGCUAACGUUACGUGUUUGGGAUAUUAUUAGACUACAUUAGCGAAAGCUUAUAAAACGCCAGUAGGACUGUACUCGGGAGCCGGGUAAGAUUCGCCGUGGUUUGCAGUGGGACUAGAACUUGGUUGUGAAAUGUAUCGUGUGUGGGCUGCUGUACAGUUUAAGGUUCAGUUCUAAAUGGGACGGGUGAGCCCGGAGGAUGGGGCGGACUGUUCUGUGGGGGAAACGUUCUUUUUUAGCCCCUUAAAUGACGCUAUCAGUGUCGGAAAGUGUAUUUUUCCACCUCAGGUAGACACGUAUAAUGCUCUACAGAGAGAUGUUGGAUGCCCAUGUACGUCAGCACCUCCCCAGACAACGGCAGCAUUCAUACAUUCCCACUCCAUUCACCGCAGAGCGCAGCGCACCGGAGGCUAAGCAGACAUGGCUCUGAAGUCAAGGAGACCGUGGACGACCGUCAUUUUCGGCGUCUUUUUGGGAUUCACCGCCUCCUCCUGGCUCAUAGUGCCCCAGGUUUUGGAAAGGAAAGGGAGAAAAUCCCCCGCGUGUUUGUACUACAGUGACUCCUCCGUCGGGAAAGGUCCGGCCAUCCCAGGGAACACCGCGGCUCUCAGGGACCGGGACAGCCCGCAGCAGAGUCAGGAGGAGGACAGGUUGUUCAGUACUGGUAACAGUAGCGGAGAUACCGGGGGACCCAUAAACAGACCCACGCAUUUUCUUUAUGUCGGCGUCAUGACAGCAAAAAAAUAUCUGCGGUCUCGCGCGGUGGCUGCGUAUCAGACGUGGGUGAGCUCCAUACCCGGGAAGGUGGAGUUCUUCUCGAGCGCUGGGUCUGGCACCGUCCACGUGCCCGUCCCCGUUCCGGUGAUUUCUCUGGCAGGUGUGGACGACUCGUACCCGCCACAGAAGAAGUCAUUCAUGAUGCUCAAGUACAUCCACGACCACUACCUGGAUAAAUACGAGUGGUUCAUGCGGGCUGAUGAUGAUGUUUAUAUAAGAGGUGAGAAGCUGGAGUUGUUCCUGCGGUCUCUGAACAGCAGUAAGCCUCUGUACCUGGGUCAGACAGGCCUGGGAAUGGCUGAGGAGUUGGGCAGACUGGCCCUGGAGCCCGGAGAGAACUUCUGCAUGGGGGGCCCGGGGAUGAUCUUCAGCAGGGAGGUUCUGCGCAGGAUGGUCCCUCACAUCAGUACCUGUCUGAGGGAGAUGUACACCACCCAUGAGGAUGUGGAAGUGGGGCGCUGUGUGCGACGCUUUGGAGGAACACAGUGUGUGUGGUCAUAUGAGAUGCAGCAGCUCUUCUAUGAGAACUACGAACACAACAAGAAAGGUUUCAUUGAAGAACUUCACAGCAGCAAGAUCCACAACGCCAUUACACUCCAUCCCAACAAAAAGCCUGCCUACCAGUACCGGCUUCACAGCUUCAUGCUGAGCCGAGAGAUCUCCAGGCUCUGUUACCGCACCCUACUGCUCCACCGCGAAGGCCUGAUGAUGAGUUACCUCAGUGAUACAGAAGUCCUGUGGGAGGACCAACAACUGGGUGCACCACCUUCAUACAUGCGCUUUAAGCCCAGUGAGAGAAAUGAUGUCAUUGAGUGGGAUUUCCUCACCAGCCGUCAUAUUUAUUCUGCAGCUGAGAACAAGGCCGCCCGGCAGAACCUUGGGAACUUGCUUCGGACUGCACUGGAAGACAUUAUACUCCAGGUUAUGGAGAUGAUUAAUGAGAAUUCCAAAACACGUGGUCGUGUGAUUGACUUUAAAGAGAUUCAGUAUGGCUACUACAGAGUAGAUCCAAUGCAUGGUGCAGAGUACAUCAUAGACUUACUGCUUCUGUACAAGAAACAUAAAGGACGCAAAAUAACAGUGCCAGUGAGGCGGCACGCUUACCUUCAGCAGUCCUUUAGUCGACCCUUCUUUACUGAAACUGAAGAGUUGGAUGUGGCUGAACUUGUAGCAUCCAUCAAUUCUGAAUCCCAAAGUCUGUCUUUCCUCUCCAACUCUCUCAAGUUCUUAUCACCGUUCCAGGUCUAUGAGUCGAACAGGGAAGUGUGGGAGCAAAGCCAGAGGAAGGUCCACAUCCUUGUCCCAUUAUCUGGUCGCUAUGAGACCUUUGUCCGCUUUAUGGAGAACUUUGAGAAAGUGUGUUUGAUACCCAAGCAAAAUGUUAAGCUCUCUGUUAUUCUGAUGGACAUCAGGAGUAAUCAGAACAGCGGAAAACACAUUCAGUUAAUCAAAGACUACCAUAGGAAGUAUCCCAAAGCUGACCUGUCCAUUAUCCCCAUGGCAGGGAACUUUUCCAGAGGACUGGCUCUCGAGCUGGGCUCAGCACAGCUUCAUAAUGACUCUCUGCUCUUCUUCUGUGAUGUAGAUCUCAUCUUCAGUGGCGAUGCCUUGCAGCGCUGCAGAGACAAUGCUAUUCAAGGAAGACAAGUCUAUUUUCCUGUUGUCUUUAGCCAGUACAACCCCAAGAUAGUGUAUUCCGAGAAGGCCCCAAGAGAGAACAAAUUUGUUCUGACCAAGAAAAGUGGUUUCUGGCGAGCCUAUGGAUUUGGAAUCAGCUGUGUGUACAAGAGUGAUUUACUAAAAGCUGGAGGUUUUGACACCUCGAUCUUAGGCUGGGGAUUGGAGGACGUAGACUUGUUUACCAAAGUUAUUACCUCUGAUAUGAAAGUGUUACGCAGUCAAGAACCAGGGAUUGUCCACAUUUAUCAUCCCGUCCACUGCAACACAAGUCUUGAGCAGAAGCAAUAUAAAAUGUGCCUUGGGUCACGAGCGAGUACAUUUGCAUCGACAAUGCAGUUAGCAGAGCUGUGGCUGGAGAAACACAUCGAGGCAGGGUAUAACAGAACUUCAUCCUGACCUUCCAGACCUGCUGGACUCCUCCAAACAAGUUUACCUCAGUUCUGAAAGCAGACAGUGAUGGUCUGUGCGGGUGUUGUAGUGUGACUGUGGAUUGGAGGUCUUUUUAUGUUGGAAACUUUGACCCAAAAAAGGACCUGUGACUCCAAAAUGGAGUUGGACCCAAUCAAUAAAGACCACACAUGACCCAAAUCAAGACUGACUUGACAACAGGUAGACCCAACCUCAAAGGGAUCCAGAGGAUACAGUACACAAACAGAAGGAAGUCUGGGAUUUUUGCACCCAGUUUGUUGGAAUCCUGCGUCAAACAGCAAGUGUCUGCUACCUGUUCCAAACCAGCUGGGAAAACCACUUACCCAAUACAAAUAUGCUGUUAGUUGGUACGUAGGACAUUGUACAGUUUACUUUCAGCAUUACAGACUGAGUGGUUUAUUAUUCACUGUGACAAUUAUGCAAAUAUAGAGCUUUGGGACCUUUAUUGCAGUUCCUUAGGGUUUUGGUCAGGGUUGACUAACUUUCUUAAAGGGAUAAGUUCUGAUCUUUUAAAGUAGGGUGGUAUGGGGUACUUACCCAUAGUCAGUGUAUUACAUAUAGCAGCAUGCCUGCUGUUUGAAGAAACAGGCUGAAGUCCAAUUAGGAUGCUAAGUACUGUACUGCUGUGGAGGGGUCAGUAACAAGACAUAUUUUAGCUGCCAAAAAAGGCCCAGCCUAAAAAAAAACCAAUAUCAACAUGCACAGUUUAGUAGAGAUACAGUUAUAGCUUGAUCAGGCCAUUUAAUUGGACUACUGGCCUUGUCCCAGUAUACAUGCACUGGGUGAAAUCCAUUUAUUGACGAAGUAUGUCUGACUCCUUCACGGUUGGUGGCAAUCUGUCUUCUUUCAGCUAGUUGCUAUUGGACCUUCUUCAGGUUGACCUGUUACGUCACAUACCAAACAAGUUAGCAAGCAGCAAACAGGUUGCAUGCCGGACAGUGAAAACAUGGAAAACUUUUGGGCUCAAUACAUUUUAGACAUACUGCACUGCUUUUUGUUGAUACCUUUGUCUUGUUUUACUUUCUCCCCCUCUUCUUUUUUCUUUUGUUUGUCCCAGAUUUCUUCUAUGAAUUUAUGCUGUUCAACUUGCGGGUCAAAGCCCAGGGACUAUGGAGCAUGCACAGAGUGCCUGGGCCAGUUUGGGUCCUGUUGAGGCAUAUACAUGGAAGGGUAAAUAGAUCCCCAAUCACAUUAUCUGUAAUACACUGACUAUGGAUAAGUACCCUAUAAAACCCCACUUCAGAUAAUCAGAACUAUCCCUUUAAUGUUUUUAUUGUAUAAAUGACAGAUGGGAUUUUUUUUUUUAACGACCCAAAGAACAUCAGCUACAUCACCCAAAAUACAUGAUGGGUGAUUCAAGUAAUAUGUAACAAUGGCAGGAAAUAAAAUCAAAGAAAAACAUGUCUGUAUUGUAGUCAUAUCAUUGUAGUCAGUCAUAAGGAUGCUG